UCCUGGACCCUUAUGAGAGGAGUGAGGACGUUUGGGGAUAGAGGGAACAGAAGUCUUUACACACUACUGCGGCCAAGCACCCGGGGUGGGAAUGUGCUCUCUGGCAAACUGGGCCGAGGAGAAACGGACUGUAACGCCGUAAACCCAUCUUCUCUGCUUAAUAAGCGCUGUGAUGAGAGAACUCUGAAGUGCACGCAGACAAACCCUCUCACAGAGCAUGCCUCUGAGUCCGGCAGCCAGCAAACAUGAGCCAUCCGACCAGCAGCGGCAGGAGGAGGUGCAGCAACAGUGCGCUACCAACGGCAACCAGGGGGACUCGGACAGCUCCAGAGAAGACGCCGUCUACGACACGAUCCGGGGCGCCGGCGAGAAACCCCCCACCGGCCCCAUGGAGGAACCCCAGGGCAACACCGUCGUCAUCCGCAUAGGGAUCCCGGACCUGCAGCAAACCAAAUGCAUGAAGUUCAACAUCGAAGCCCCCAUCUGGUCCUCUAAGCAGCGCAUCCUAUGUACUCUGAAUCAGAGCCUGAAAGACGUGCUCAACUAUGGGCUCUUCCAGCCGGCCUACAACGGGAAAGCUGGGAAGUUCCUGGACGAGGAGCGCCUACUAAAGGAGUACCCUCUUCCUGCUGUUACCCCCGUCCCAUACCUGGAGUUCCGCUACAAGAGGCGCGUGUACACCCAGAGCCACCUGGAGGACAAACAGCUAGCCAAGCUCCACACAAAGGCUAACCUGAAGAAGUUUAUGGAGCAUGUCCAGCAGAGGAACAUCGACAAAGUGGUGAAGUUCUUGGAGAAGGGGCUCGAUCCGAACUUCCACGACCCGGAUACGGGAGAAUGCCCGCUGACCAUGGCCGCCCAGCUGGAGGGAUGCGCGGAGCUCAUCAAGGUCCUGAAGAACGGUGGCGCCCACCUGGACUUCAGGACCCGGGACGGGAUAACAGCCCUGCACAAGGCGGUGCGGACCAAGAACCACACCGCACUCAUAACGCUGUUAGACCUGGGCGCGUCCCCUGACUACAAGGACAGCCGGGGGCUGAGCCCGCUGUACCACAGCUCCAUGGUGGGCGGGGACCCCUACUGCUGCGAGCUGCUGCUGCACGACCACGCCCAGGUGGGCUGCAUGGACGAGAACGGCUGGCAGGAGAUACACCAGGCCUGUCGCCAUGGGCACGUGCAGCACCUGGAGCACCUCCUGUUCUACGGAGCCGACAUGAGCGCUCAGAACGCCUCCGGGAACACGGCGCUGCACGUCUGCGCCCUCUAUAACCAGGAUAGCUGUGCACGGGUUCUUCUGUUUCGAGGAGCUAAUAAAGAAAUCAAGAACUACAACAGCCAAACGGCGUUCCAGGUGGCAAUUAUCGCUGGGAAUUUCGAUCUGGCUGAAAUAAUAAAGGUUCACAAAGCUUCAGACGUCGUGCCUUUCCGGGAGACCCCCUCCUACACCAACCGGCGGCGGGUGACGGGCAGCGGGACCCUGACGUCGCCCCGCUCCCUGCUGCGCUCCGCCAGCGACAACAACCUCAACUCGGACGGGCGGGCGCCCUCGCACUCGCCCGUGCCGUCGCUGCGCAGCCUGCCCCCGCUGGCGGCCGGGCCGGGCGGCGAGGUGGCCGACAGCAGCCUGCAGAGCACCGGCAGCUCCCGCAGCUCGCACUCGCGCUCGCCCUCGCUGCACCGCGUCCAGGAGGAGGCCGACAAGCUCAGCCUGAGGAGGCACGCCCGCGGCAGGCUCAGCCCCAGCACGGUCCAGCGGGAGCCCAGCCCCCCUCCCCAGCCGCCGGCCCUCGCCGGCCCCCGGGGGCCCAAGAGGAAACUGUACAGCGCGGUCCCCGGCCGCACCUUCAUCGUGGUCAAGCCCUACACACCCCAGGGGGAGGGCGAGAUCCAGCUGAACCGAGGGGAGAGGGUAAAGGUCCUCAGCAUCGGCGAGGGGGGAUUCUGGGAAGGCACGGUGAAAGGGCGGACAGGAUGGUUCCCCGCGGAGUGCGUGGAGGAGGUGCAGAUGAGGCAGUACGACCCGCGGCUCGAGACCCGAGAGGACCGGACCAAGAGGCUGUUCAGGCACUACACAGUGGGCUCCUACGACAACUUCACCUCGUACAGCGAUUACAUCAUCGAGGAGAAGAACGCCGUCCUGCAGAAGAAGGAGAAUGAGGGCUUCGGCUUCGUGCUGCGGGGAGCGAAAGCGGAGACGCCCAUCGAGGAGUUCACGCCCACCCCGGCCUUCCCUGCGCUGCAAUACCUGGAGUCUGUGGAUGUGGAGGGCGUGGCCUGGAGGGCGGGACUCCGGACGGGAGACUUCCUCAUCGAGGUGAAUGGGGUCAACGUGGUGAAGGUGGGGCACAAGCAGGUGGUCUCCCUCAUCCGACAAGGGGGCAACCAUCUCCUGAUGAAGGUGGUGUCUGUCACCCGCAAGCCCGAGUCGGAGGAGGUUGUCCGCAAGAAAGCGCCCCCGCCCCCGAAGAGGGCCCCGAGCACCACGCUGACGCUGCGCUCCAAGUCCAUGACGGCCGAGCUGGAGGAGCUGGCUUCCGCGAGGAGGAGAAGAGGGGAGAGGCUGGACGAGAUGCUGGCCUCCCAGGAGCCCGUGCUGCGGCCGCAGGUGGCGGAGGCCGACUACCGAGCCGCGACGGUCAAACAGCGGCCCACGAGCAGGAGAAUCACACCAGCAGAGAUCAGUUCACUGUUCGAGCGUCAGGGAAUGGCUAUACACCCGCACCCAGGCAUGGAGAAAGCUCACAUGCAGCUGCCCAAAGGAAUGUCAAGAACAAAGUCUUUUGGGGCAACUGAGGAGGACAGGUUGUCAGCUUUGGCAGGGGAAGCUCGCUUUCCGAGAAGCUCAUCAAUGACGGACAGCCUCAGAGACAGUCACAGCAUCCCCCCUCCUCCCCAAACCGCUCCCCCUCCGCCCCCAUCCCCGUACUACCUGGACACGGGUCCGCCCCCGGCCUUCUGCCCGCCCCCUCCCCCGGGGCGGGGCCACGAUCAGAGCCGCUCCAGCUUCAAGCCCGGCGCCGAGGCCAAGGUGCACGGGCUGCCGCAGGCGGCGGGCGGGGCGGAGAUGUACGAGCCGCAGCGGCCCUCGGCCCACGCCGAGCGGCAGAAGAAGGCCCGCUCCAUGAUCAUCCUGCAGGACUCCUCCCACCUGCCCGUGGAGCCCACCGACAUCCCACGCCCGGGGCCCGCCUCCACCCCGCCCGAGAAGAUCAAGCGGAAAGGCAGGGUCAUCGACAACCCCUACGCCAACGUGGGCCAGUUCAGCAUCGGCCUCUACACGCCCACCAAGCCCCAGCGCAAGAAGAGCCCGCUGGUGAAGCAGCUGCAGGUGGAGGACGCCCAGGAGAGGGCGUCGCUGGCCCUGGCCUCCGCCCACUCCCGGGAGCACUCCCCGACCGGCCGCGUCCCCCACACCAGCAGGGCUGACUUCUACCAGCAGCAGCUGCUGCAGGAGCGGGCCAGGGGCCAGGCCGAGGGCCAGCAGGCCAAGGGCCCCUUCGCCGCCGCCAUCGCGGGGGCCGUGAAGGACCGGGAGAGGCGGCUGCAGGAGCGGAGGAAAUCCACAGUCUUCCUGUCGGUGGGCGCGGUGGAGGGCGGGGCGGCCGAGCCCGAGGCGCCCUCCCUCACGCAGUCGCGCUCCGUGGACGAGAGGCUGCUGAGCCGCGAGCUGAGCCAGCUGCCCCCGCCGGCGCUCGUGCUCAAGCCCUCCCCGGGCGCCACCACCUUCAUCCACCCGCUGACCGGCAAGCCCCUCGACCCCAACUCCCCCCUGGCGCUCGCGCUGGCCGCGAGAGAGCGCGCCCUGACCUCGCAGAGCCAGUCGCCCGCCAGCAGCCCGGAGCCCAGGACUAAGCACGACAAGCCCCUGUUUGUGGAAACCCAGACCAAAGAGGGCGAGCGCUCGGAGGCGGAGGGCGGCCUGGCGUCCCCGCCCUUCUCCCUGGGGGCCAAAGCGGGCUACGGGCCCGGCGCGGGCGCGGCGGCGCCCCCCUCCAAAAGCCAGUGGGGGACCCCGACCACGCUUCGCAAGGAGAUCGAGACCGCCGCCGACAAGAAGGAGGAGAGGAAGCAGGAGGACAAGAAGAGCAUGAUCAUCAGCAUCAUGGACACGUCUCAGCAGAAGACGGCCGGCCUCAUCAUGGUCCACGCCACGAGCAACGGGCAGGCGGAGGAGCUGGGCCUGGAGGAGCCCGCCGCGUCCCCCCCCGGGGGCCUUGGCGGAGCCCGCCAAGCCCACCCUCGCCGAAAUCAAGCGCGGACAAUCGCCCGGCCCCGAGGCGCCCGCGGCCCAGCCGGCGCCGCCCAGCCCGUCGGCGGAGAAGACGCUGGGCAGGGCAGUUCGGAGGAGGACGUGGAGCCCUACACCGUCACCCUGCCGCCCGCCCUCCUGUCCUCCAGCGACGAGGAGACGCGGGAGGAGCUGAAGAAGAUCGGGGUGGUGCCGCCGCCGGACGAGUUCGCCAACGGCCUGCUGCCCCAGCCGGCCGACGCGGCCCCGGCCGCACAGGAAGAGAAGCCAGCCGCGCCCCCCGCCUCAACCCAAGCAGCAGCAGCGGCGGCAGCAACAGCAGCAGCAGCAGCGGCGGCAGCACACCCCUCUGCUGGUGGAACACCCUCAGGGAAGCCCUCAGACACCCACCCGGUGCCCGAGUCAGCGGCCGACUCCGGGGUGGAGGAGGUCGACACGCGCAGCUCCAGCGACCACCACCUGGAGACCACGAGCACCAUCUCCACCGUCUCCAGCAUGUCCACCCUGUCGUCGGAGAGCGGUGAGCCCACCGACACCUACACUUCCUACGCCGACGGGCAGACUUUUAUACUCGACAAGCCGCCAGUGCCUCCAAAGCCAAAACUCAAGUCCCAGCUCAGCAAGGGGCCGGUGACCUUCAGGGACCCUCUAUUGAAGCAGUCCUCGGAUAGCGAGCUCCUCUCCCAGCAACACGCGGCUGCGCUGGCCGCCGCCGCCGGCGCCGGCCGACCCCGCUACCUCUUCCAGAGAAGGUCCAAGCUUUGGGGGGACCCCGUGGAGACGCGGCCGCCGCCGGGGCCCGAGGAUGGCAAGCCCACUGUGAUCGGGGAGCUGAGCUCCAGGCUCCAGCAGCUCAACAAGGACACGCGCUCCCUGGGGGAGGAGCCCAUCGGAGCCUCACUCGACCCCGGGAGGAAGUCCCCCGUGGCGGGUGCCAGACUUUUCAGUAGUUUAGGAGAGCUCCACACCAUAUCCCAGAGGAGCUACGGAGCCACGUACACCAUCCGACCGGGCAGCCGGUACCCUGUGACCCGCCGGACGCCCAGCCCGGGGAAGGGCUCCCCGGACAGGACGGACCCGCUGGGGCCCGUGCGGGGCUUCGGCCUGGCCACCUCCCCCACCGCCCCGCCCACCAUCCUCAAGUCGUCCAGCCUGAGCAUCCCGCACGAGCCCAAGGAGGUGCGCUUCGUCAUGCGCAGCGCCAGCGCCCGCAGCCGCUCGCCCUCGCCGUCGCCCUCGCCCGCCCUCUCCCCGCUGCUCACGCUGCGGCCCUUCCACCAGAAGCCCCUGCACAUGUGGAACAAGUACGACGUGGGCGACUGGCUGGAGAGCAUCAACCUGGGCGAGCACCGCGACCGCUUCCAGGACCACGAGAUCGAGGGCGCCCACCUGCCGGCGCUCACCAAGGACGACUUCGCCGAGCUGGGGGUGACGCGCGUGGGCCACCGCAUGAACAUCGAGCGAGCCCUGAAGCAGCUGCUGGAGAGCUGACCCCCGCACCAGCCCCUCCCGGCCCGACCACCUCUCCCUCCUGGCCUUCUCUUUUCAUUUGCGAUUUCUGAAAUUAAAUUAUUAUACCUAUACUCUGCUCACUGCAUUGCACUGAAUGGAAGAUUAACAGAAGAGUGAAACCCCGCCCCCGCCCCAGCCCCUCCUCCCUUUCCGUUGGCCCUGCCCCCUGACCCCCCGACCCCUCCCCUGUGACGCGGCGGGCAGCCAGUCCGCCUGUUUGAAGUGACGCCCCUACUUUGCAAAAGUGAAUGUUGCAUGAAUCCACAAACCUCCCAUUUGUGAAUGCUUGAUGGUUCACCCCCACCCCCACCCCCUUCGCCCCACUCCCCAAAUCCCACAACCCCCCCACCACACUCUCCCCUCUGCUCUCAUCUCUCAUACUCUCGGCCUCUGAAAGAUUUCCAGCUUGAAUAGAAGAAGAACAGUGUUUGAAAAGGAAAACUCAGUUGCCUUUCAAAAUAUUUUCAAAGAUCAAAAACAAUGAACGGAACACAGAAAAAAAAGACUUUUUUUUUCCUCAGUGAGGGAAUUUCACACGCCUCACUCCUUUGGAUUUUUUUGAUACAGCGUUUUACAUUGAUCCUGGGGGAGUAAGACCAGAGUGUUGCAUUAAAAACCGAGUUUGUUGUUCUCAGAUCAUUUUACUGACUGUGGUAUCUACUAUUUUAGGAGAAUGUUUAACCGACACUAGUGGCUUUUUUCAUAAUCAAGAUUUUGCUUUGGGAAGACUUGUUUUCCAAAGGGAAUAUUACAUAGGUAAGACAUACAUAUUUAGAUGACAGCUUUAAAAAAAGAAAGAAAAAAAGAAAUGAUUAAAGAAUCACCUGUCUCCUACCACAUAACUGAGGGUAUAGAAGAAAAG